AGGACAGCAGCCAGACGGAUCUCUGUACGACCACGAUCUUCACCUGCCGCAUUACUUUGUCGAUUUUAUCGCGAUAUGGCGAAUCUACCGGUCAACAAAACUGCCCAUCCGUUCUCUAAAGGCCAAUUUGAGGCCCUGCUUAAUCGCAGAUUCUUCUACGCACCUGCAUUCGAGAUCUAUGGUGGUAUUGCCGGGCUGUACGAUUAUGGUCCCCCUGGCUCCUCUUUGCAAGCCAACAUAAUUGCAGAAUGGCGCAAACACUUCAUCGUCGAGGAACACAUGCUCGAGAUCGACUCAACCUGUAUCACCCCUGCCCCCGUCUUUGAAACCUCUGGUCACGUAGCUAGGUUCGCAGACUGGAUGGUCAAGGAUACCAAGACCGGCGAUGUCCUCCGCGCGGACCAUCUCGUUAAAAACGUGCUCGAAGCACGACUCGCUGGAGAUAGGGAGGCAAGGGGUUUGGCAGCGCAGCCAGCGAAGGAGGAUGAUAAAAAGAAGAAGAAAAAGAAGGAUGUGAAGAGUGCGGUAGUUCAGUUGGCGGACGAAGUGGUGAAGGAGUAUGAUAAUAUCUUGGCUCAGCUCGACAACUACUCUGGCCCAGAGCUCGGUGAACUUUGUCGAAAGUUCAACAUCAGGAAUCCCGAUACCGACAACGAAGUCGGGGAGCCACAGCAGUUCAAUCUCAUGUUCACAAGUAGCAUCGGGCCUACUGGUCAACACCCUGGCUACCUUCGCCCUGAAACCGCACAAGGCCAUUUCCUCAACUUCUCUCGUCUGCUCGAAUUCAACAACGGUCGCAUCCCCUUCGCUUCCGCCCAGAUCGGUCGCUCCUUCCGUAAUGAGAUCUCUCCACGCGCAGGUCUCCUCCGCGUUCGCGAGUUCACCAUGGCCGAAAUCGAGCACUUCGUCGACCCAGAGGACAAAUCCCACCCACGCUUCAACGAAGUCCGCUCCGUCGAGCUCUCCCUUCUUGACCGUCACGUCCAAUCCUCCGGCUCCACCAAGAUCACACGCAUGACCGUUGGCGAGGCUGUAGACAAGGGUAUCAUCGCGAACGAGACGUUGGGGUACUUCAUCGCGCGGAUAAAACAGUUUUUGAUCAAGAUCGGCGUGGACGAGAACAGGCUUAGGUUCAGACAGCACAUGGCGAACGAGAUGGCUCAUUACGCCACGGACUGCUGGGACGCUGACAUUGAGAACUCCUAUGGAUGGACGGAGUGUGUUGGAUGUGCGGAUAGGGCGGCGUAUGAUUUAACGGUGCAUUCGGACAAGACGGGGCAUCCGUUGGUGGUGAGGCAGGCAUUGAAGGAGCCGAUCGUGACGGAAAAGUUGACUGCUGAAUUCAACAAGAAGGUGGUGGGGAAGGCGUUCGGGAAGGAUGCGGGAGUCUUGCAGAAGAUGUUUGCGGAUAUGGAUGAGACGAAGUUGGAGAAGGUGCAGGGUGAGCUUGCGCAGGGGUCUUCGACGGUCGCGACUCCUGACGGCAAGGAAAUAAAAUUGACUCCGGAGAUGCUCACCAUAGAGCGCAAGACCUUCAAACAGUCUAUCCGUGAGUUUACGCCGAACGUCAUCGAACCCUCCUUUGGUCUUGGUCGUAUCCUCUACGUCCUCCUCGAACAUAACUUUUGGGCUCGUGAACAGGAUGUUGAGCGCGGCGUCCUCUCUCUUCCCCCGGUCGUGGCACCGACCAAAGUGUUGAUCGUCCCUUUGAGUGCAAAGGAAGAGUUUGAUCCUCUCAUUCGCGAAGUUUCCUCAAAACUGCGUAAAGCCGGCGUCUUCUCGCGCGUCGACGAUUCAAACACAUCGAUCGGCAAGCGCUACGCACGCAACGACGAGCUCGGCACACCAUUCGGCGUGACACUUGACUUUGCCUCUGUCCAGAACCGAACGAUGACACUGCGGGAACGCGACACGACGGGCCAGCUCAUCGGCGAUAUCGACCAGGUCAUUGGGAUCUUGACGGAACUCGUAGACGGGACGAUCGACUGGGCCGAGGCAUGCAAGAGGUUGCCGGCUUAUGACGGCGUGCAGGCCAUCGAUGCUUAAGCUCCCAAGCGCAAACAAAGCGGGUCGAGGUCUGGGUGCUGGGUGCUGGGUGAUGUCAAUGAGCCUUGUUUACCCCGCACUGUGCUGUUUUUGGAACGCUUCUUUAGAUCGGCUCUGGGGUACGAUGUGUGGUUCGAGGCCGGGGUGAUUGUGUGAAUGAGGUGGAGUUUGGAUGAGGUACGAUGUGAUGUGGUGGGUGUUUGUACUUACAGGUCCAGGCUCAUCGGGAGAUGUAUCGAGAAGGAUGUCGUUGAGGGUCCUUGUUGCUCGUUGUGAUGAGGCCUUGUGCGUUAAAAUUUCGGGUUCUCGUGUACAUAUGAUGCGGGGUCUGCUUUGGAGAAGCCGAGAGAGAAGGAGAAGUUACUGAUUUGUACUGUAAGAAUGAUAUUGCAGAGAACAAGGUGAAGCUUUAGAUAUGGUGUGUCUUUACCAUGAAGGUUUUCCGUCACAAUGAUAGACUGUAGUUU